CAUCCUGUAAUUACAUUAAGAGAAACGUCUUAUUUUACACGAAAUCGCAUUCAUGAAUUUUUGGUGUGAAAAUGUUGUUUGGAAAUUGUUUCUUUGUAAUUAUUUUAAGUGCGAUGUGUAUACACAUACAAGUAACAGGUGAAACAUGCGCAAAUGCUCAUGGUGACGUCAAAAAAUUUGGCCCUAAUUGCCAAUAUAAAUGUCACUGUAAAAAUAACAACACUUGUGAUGAGGAAACUGGCUACUGUUAUAAUGGCUGUGACGUCAAAUGGUACGGGCUGGGUUGUCAGAUCCGAGAUCUGGCAGAAACAGAAGUUGCGAGGCAAUUAUACGUCGGGUUUUCAAAUUCAAGUCGUCAUUGGGCUUUUUUUGCCAACGAUGGCGAUAACACAACAUGUAGUUAUUCAUACCGUGAUGAGAUUGGAGUAACCAGAUAUAGUCCGCCAUGGUGGAGAGUACAAACACCAACAGUUGAAACCAUAUGGGAAAUGACUUUUCUAACUAAGGAAGAAUUCCUUGUUAAUUUCAAAGGAUUCAAAGUUACAGUAGAAACUGCCCCAGCAGAAAAAGUCGAGGACAAAACCUUCUAUCCGCCUGAAUCAGAUGUAAAAUUAUGUUACAUGCACAAUAAUUCCGUGCCUUCUAACACGUCAAUCCAUGUCUCGUGCAAUACACCGCUGAAAGGAAACCUUGUUAGAAUAACGCUGGCAAAUUCGUUUGCGGAUCUCGUAUUAUGUGACGUCAGAGUACACAGUGGAUGCGAUGUUGGGCUUUGGGGAAAGACUUGUGCACGAGUUUGCGGGCAUUGUUUGUCUGGAACGUGCAAUAUGAUAAAUGGGUAUUGUAGUGGUGGGUGUGAAACAGGAUACAAGGACACUCCGAAAUGCAAUCAGGAGUGCCCGAGUGGAUCCUAUGGAUUCAACUGCUCGUCCACAUGUAGCGGUAAUUGUGCAAGCGUUUUCUCAGAAUGUCAUCAUAUUAAUGGAUCGUGUCUUGAUGGUUGUUUGACUGGCUGGAAAGGACCGCGAUGUGAUGAAGAGUGCCCGAGUGGAUCCUAUGGAUUCAACUGCUCGUCCACAUGUAGCGGAAAUUGUGCAAGUGUUUUCUCAGACUGUCAUCAUAUUAUUGGAUCGUGUCUUGAUGGUUGUUUGACUGGCUGGAAAGGACCGCGAUGUGAUGAAGAAUGUGAUGCUGGAUUUUGGGGUAAGAAUUGUGUGAAAGUGUGCGGACACUGUUUAUCUGGAACAUGUAAUACUAGAAAUGGCGAGUGCAGUGGUGGCUGUGAAGCCGGGUACAAGGACACAUCGAAAUGUGAAAUGAAAGCGAAACUCAACAACAGUAAAGACGCUGUUCAUUUUCCCGUGGCUGGUGUUGUUGGUGGUUCACUUGUAGCUGUUGCCGUAAUACUAUUGGCGUUGGUGUUUCUGUUGUGGAGAAGAAAGAAGAGAAAAUUGCCGAAAAAUAUGACGGAUCAUAGUGCAUCAAGCGAUGGAAAUUACUUAUCCCCCGCAUACUCGACAGCACUGUACGCAAAUGAGAAUAUUCCGACAGAUCUUGACUAUGAUAACGGAGUGCAAACAAGAGAAGGAGCAUACGAGUCUUUGCAAGAAGGAACAACCGAUAUACACAGCUACGAAAUGCCUACUAAUGACGCGAACCAGUCCGUUGAAGAAAGAGAACGAACAACAGAGCUUCACUACUACGAAACGCCUAAUGAUGAUGCAAACCAGUCUGUAGCGGAAAGAGAACGAACAACAGAGAUUCACAACUACGAAAAUCCUACUAAUGACGCAAACCAGUCUGUAGCGGAAAGAGAACGAACAACAGAGAUUCACAACUACGAAAAUCCUACUAAUGAUGCGAGCCAGUCUGUUGAAGAAAGAGAACGAACAGCAGAGCUUCACUACUACGAAACGCCUUCUGAUGACGCAAACCAGUCUGUAGCGGAAAGAGAACGAACAACAGAAAUUCACAACUACGAAAAUCCUACUAAUGACGCAAACCAGUCUGUAGCGGAAAGAGAACGAACAACAGAAAUUCACAACUACGAAAAUCCUACUAAUGAUGCGAGCCAGUCUGUUGAAGAAAGAGAACGAGCAGCAGAGCUUCACUACUACGAAACGCCUUAUGAUGACGCAAACCAGUCUGUAGCGGAAAGAGAACGAACAGCAGAAAUUCACAACUACGAAAAUCCUACUAAUGACGCAAACCAGUCUGUAGCGGAAAGAGAACGAACAACAGAAAUUCACAACUACGAAAAUCCUACUAAUGACGCAUACCAGUCUGUAGAAGAAAGCAUGACAGAUGUUCAUGUGUAUAACACACUACAAAAUUAAAGAUGAACUUCGUGUUUAGGUCAAAUGUUGUUUGCUCUUCUGUCUAGACAAACAAUAAAUGAAUUUGUGAAUAGCUGUGCAAUGAAUCUUUACCUGAUGUACAAAUCUUAAACAAUGUCUUUGUCAUUUUUAUUAUCAAAAUAUCAUCUUGUAUUCGAAAUAUUAAAUUAAUGAUU